UUUAAAUGGAUCGCAUCAAUGCUCAUGUGGUAUAGUCGGCAUUUGAGGCGGCUGGUUCAGGCAGUUGUCUUGUUGUCUACAGGUUGAAAAUAGGAUGACCAAGUGGAAAAGAAUAGAAAAAUGAGAUUUUUAUUAUCAGUUGGCAUGUUUAUUGCUUAUGCAAAUGUUGUUUGGAGUUUGUAUGAUUGCCCUCCGCCUGAAAAGGGAGUAAAAUCAGUCGAGACCGUUUCAGGACGCGAAGCUGUCUAUGAAUGUCAACCAUUGUAUGAACCUGUUAGUGGAAACAAAUACCGAUACUGUAUGGAAAACGGUAGUUGGAGCGGACUUCCUUAUAAAUGCAAAGAUGCCAUCAACUGUAAAGAAGGCGACCUACCGUGCCAAAAUGGCGGGAAAUGUGUUGAUACCGACCCGAGUUUGCAUUGCGACUGUGGUAAGACUGUAUAUUACGGAUCACUUUGCGAUCAAGCGAACGGAGGUUGGAGUAGUUGGACAUCGACUAAUAAUUGUUCAUCAACUUGUGAUAGCGGAAUUAUAGUACGAAGAAGAAAAUGUGACAAUCCUAAACCAACUCCGAGAGGAAUGAUGUGUGCAGGAAGCUCUAUAGAGACGACCGAGUGUUUUCCGAAAAAAUGUCACGAAAAUUUAUUUCGAUGGUGCAAUAGUUCAGCAGAUAUUUGUGAACAAAACUCAAAUAAAGCAUUUUGUUCCGCCCGAUACGAAAAAUAUUCUUGUACCUGCCUUGCUGGUGUCACUGAAGUAAAAGACGAAAAAGGAAAUUUUGUGAGAUGUGAAGAUGUAAACGAAUGUGAAGCAGGGACUCAUACUUGUGAUCGACAGAAUGGAUUUUGUUUAAACACAGAUGGAAGUUUUGAAUGCCAAUGUAAUAAUGGUUUUAAAGGCGAUGGGCAUGUCUGCGAAGAUGUUGAUGAAUGUAACGAUGGAACAAAUCAAUGUGAUGAAAACGCAAUAUGUUAUAAUAAACCAGGAGGAUAUAACUGUGUUUGCAAAGAUGGAUACAGAAGCAUAUCAGCAAAUCAAACGGGGAUGACCGGAGAUUGUAAAGAAUCACGGCUAAUGCAAUACGGAUAUCCAGCUGGUGACGAUGAAGUCACAGAUAUAUCGCGUGCCACAGGCGAACGCGUCACGCCACUAAUUCCAGUGCCUCCAGGAUUACCUUUAGAAGAUGGAGAGAAUGCAUUUACAUGCGAAACAAUUUACGCAACAGAAAAUGGCGUAGUUGUUGUUACUAGACUGCCAUCUAGCGCCGACAAUGAUCGAAAGCCGACCUUCAGAAAUCCUGUUGACUUGAAGAAAGAAAAUAAACAAAACGUUAUGGGCGGAGAAUUUCACAACUACAUUUGUGCAAUCAUGGCACCAUUUUGGGCUGAUGCCAAAUUUUCAAAGAGCAGUAAGAUGUGGAGACAUGUGUAUGAUGAUUUAAGUUGGCAUGGUAACCGAAUAAAGAGAGGCAAAGUUAAGAAGAAAGAAUUGAAGAAAAUGCACGUUUAUAUGAGAAUUAACAAGCUACUACCAGAAAAAUUUAUUCCAAACUUUGUUGUUGUCGUCACAUGGGUAAGAAUGAUUCCACCAUGGCCAACGAAACUCAAUGAUGAGGAAGUAACUUACCAAAUUGCUGUUGCAACCGAUGGAACUGAAACUCACAUAAUCACGCUGUAUGAAGACGGUGCAAUGACAUGGAAACCAGUGUAUGACAUACCUAAAGAUGUUCAUCGUUACCCAGCCACUGUGGGAUAUAUCAUAUUUGGAGAAAAAAUCAAUAAACACCAGUAUCCGUACUCGGAAGAUGUCGGCAAUCGCUGGCCAAAUACGACUUCCAUCUACCACAUUGAUUUGAUACCAUUUAACGCAACAUCAACCAUUGGAGUUGACUCGUACAAUUUAACACCGAAUGCGAUCCCGGUUACAAAAGCGUCUUGCUACAAUUGGUAUCUAGAAAACCAUGGAGAUAUUAGUAGCGAUGUCACUUCUGGAUCGCGCAAAUGCCCACCUUCUCUAGAUCAUCUAAAUCUAUUGCGAGAUAUCUUAUGGAAAGCUACCAUAAAAGAACAAGACAGACAGUGCUUUGCUUGGUCAUUUAGAGUAGCACAAAAAGGAGACAUAGAAUGCUGUUAUCGCACAACUGAAACUUAUAAAGAUUCUCCCCUCAUUUCUGGAAUAAAAGCUUGGGACAAAGGUGCCGGUUUCUUCAAAACUAGUGACAAAGACGAAGCAGAUAAAAAGAAAUUAUGUUGUGGGGACACAAAGAAUGAAUUCUUUUGCAGUCUUUUCACACGUAUACGUCCAGCAACCAAUUCAGAUGGCUACACUUAUCCUAGAGCAGCUUUUGGAAAGUCAGAAGGAGCAACCGUGAACUUUGGUAGCAAAUCGACCGAGAUAAGCGGAACCGGCCAAUAUCAGCUUCUCAAAAUCAGAACUCCAAGCAAUGGCAAUAUUGAUUUUAUCGGCCAUUAUGAAGAUGGUGUUUUAAAAUCACUUGCUUUUCGAUAUCUGAAUUACACGAUAAAAGUUGACAACAACGACAAAGCACGCGGGAUGUCGUGUAUUUUAAAUACGAUGGAUUGUGAAUCGAUAGAUGUUUUUGAUAAUAAAGUAUUGUUUAAAACAAAACAGGUAGCAGGCGGUUUGGAAUCCGUAUCAUUGGCUACUCGUUCAGGAAUAUAUCUGAAUAUUUCCAGUGGGGAAAAUCUAAAAUAUACAAUCUUGAUUCCAUCUUCCAUGGCAGCUACAAAUACCUCCUUCGUCUCUGGCCUGCUAACAGAACAGGGAAAGUGUUACAAAAACGCAAAAGCUGAGCCAUUUAAAAAGAUAAUGUCUAUUCCAUGUGACCUCCGAAGUGUGGCUUCUCAUUUCAAUACAACUGUAGAUCGCGAAGCUUUCUUUACGGACGAAGUUGAUUUAACGCAAGUAAAGAAAUCACAAGUCAGAGAUGUCAACGAUAAAACCUCUGAAAUUAACGAAGCAAUUGAAGUUACAGAUUCGAUUAAAAAACCUUUUCCGGCAAAGAUUCAACCAGUUAUUGAAGCAAAACAUGUAGAUUCUGACAAUUACAACGUUCAGAUCAACAUCACAGGAUUCGAGGACGACGUGCUGCUGAAUGGGAAAAAUAUGAAAAAGUCGUCGAAUGGGUUAUAUACCUUAAAAAUGAAUGAUAAGGAGACAAAAUCAAUAGGAGAAAUUUCGAUGACAAAUAAAGACGGAAAAACAAUUCUUGUGCAUAGACCGAUCGUUGUGUGUGAUUGCAAAGAGAAACAAGGCACUUGUGUAUUUUCUUCCAAUGAAGAAGAAAAUCAAUCAUUGAUUAAAUCUGAAUCAAAAAACGCUGGAUGUAUAUGUAAGGAAGGAUUUGUAGGAUUGCGCUGUGAAGAAGUGGAGAAUCCCUGCAGCGAAUUGCCGUGCUUCAGUCGUGUAAAAUGUGAGGAAAAGAAACAGUCGCCCACUGAAGUGGAGGAAAUAGACGGAGUUCAACUCGAAAAAAGAUAUUUUUGUGGACAAUGUCCCCCAUCUUUAGAAAAGGGAAAUGGCGAGACGUGUUUCAACGAAAAUAAAUGCCUCCUACCAUCUGAUGAUCCAGAAUCACACAAAUGUAAAAAUGCAAAAUGUGUAAAUCAACCUAGUGGAUAUUUAUGUGAAUGUUUGGACGGAUUUCGUGUUAGUGAAGACAGUAAUCCAUACGAGUGCAUAGAUGUGGACGAGUGCAGCAUUGGAAAGCACGAGUGUGAUAAAGACGUCGGAGUCUGCGUUAAUAUUCCGGGAUCAUACAAUUGUGAAUGUAAAAACGGAUAUAUUACCAAACUUGAUAGCAAUCGUUGCGAGGACGUCGACGAGUGUCUCGAUAAUAAUGGUGGGUGUGAGAGAAGAUGCCACAACUUUAUAGGCAGUUACAAAUGUUCGUGUGAACUUGGUUACAGGUUAAAACCUAAUGGAAAAAAUUGUUCGGAGAUUAACGAAUGUGAUGAACACGCGAAGGACGUGUGUGAGCAAAUAUGUUUGGAGGUAGAAGGACAACCAUUCACAUGUGCAUGUCAUGAUCGUUUCACCUUGAUGGAAGAUUACAGGAGCUGCCAACCCAACUUUACAACAGAAGCUGUAACAACUAGAUAUGAUUCAACAACAACCACAAUAACUACAAAACAGCAGGAAACAACAACAUUUGCUAGAACUGAAACGAGAGAGCAAACAACUACAGCAGCUGCUGUAACAGAUUCAUAUGAUUUGCUUCCAGAUGGAUGGAAUUUUAUCGAUCCUAAUGCGGAUUCCUAUACUCAAUUAUUUCAAACUUUACGAAGAUAUUUUUACCUGCAGAUGCUGGAUAAAUCUGAUUUCAGAAACCUCCUCAAGAAAGAAAAGAAAGAAAUACAAAGUUUUAUAGAAGCCCUUGCUGAAAUUCUAGCUCGUUCUCAAACAGGGCGUGCAAUUGCAUACCUUCUUGCUGUAGCAGAUCAAAAAAUGCCUAAAGAAUGGCUGAACGAAAGAGACUGUCUUAUCUUGGCAGAAUCAGUCUUUCAUGACUCAAAAUUAUCAGUUUACCUCACCGCUCUGGAAACGUUUGAGGGAUAUUUAAAAAUAAUCAAGAUUAUAUUGGACGAAUUUAAUUUGAAAAAUAUUGUAAGGUCAUUGGUGAUAGACUUCAAACUCGUAACCCAUUUAGUUUCAUUGUCAAAGAAAAAAAUCGGGCGCACAGGCGUAGAUGUUGGUUCAAAUUUUAAAGAUACGUUAGGUGUCAAAAUCUUGUCGCAGGCUGUGGGUCAGAUUCAACACAUACAUCCUUGUAGAACCUAUAUCAUGAAACUUAUGAGAACUCUACCAGACACAACAACCAAACCAAGAAAGGAAAGAAGUUUUGUAACUGACGAAGGGUUGACAACUCAAGAUACGACCUUAGCAGAACCAAUAUUAUCGAAGAUUUAUCAGCCACCUGCAUGGCUUAUUUUAUGUAUGGUAGCAUCAGCGCUUCUCGUGUUUAUCUUAGUCGUUGUCGUCACACGAUUUUGCUUGACAUGGAAAAGACAAAGAAAACAUCGACAAAAAAUGAAGGAAAUGAAAAAGUUGAAAAACAGACAAAAAAUGAAAUCUUGGCCAAGAUAUGUCAACACUUCUCAGUCGUAUUUUGAUAAACAAAUUUCAAAGAAACUUCGGGUGAAUCCUUGAAUUCGAAUUCCACUACUGAAUAACAGAAAGAUGGAAAGGACAGAAUCAAU